CUGUAACAUACGCGAGAGAGUAGUCUAAAGGAGGGGGUGUGUUUAUGGGAAGUAGAAAUUUUGUGUGAGUGUGUGCACGCGCCUGUGUGCAUGUGUUUACACAGACGGGAAUACUGCGCCAGAGGAAGUGCGCCCGUUCUCCGUCUGCGCGUCCCGACUUCCUGCUCUGAGGCAGGAGAGAGAAAAGCUGCGGAUCCGCUUUCAGACAGCGGGGUAGUAACGGCAGCGGCAGCAGCAUGGAGCCCCAACACAACGCACACACACCGCUUUAAAGACACAAACCCCACUCAUCACGCACGGGCAGACGGACCGAGGAGCAGCCGCAGCUAGAUCGCCUGUGUUUCUGGUGUCCCCUCCCCCCACCCCUCCACCCCUAUCAUGGAGAGCUCCAUCACACUCUGGCAGUUCCUGCUGCAGCUGCUGCUCGACCAAAGCCACAAACACCUCAUCUGCUGGACAUCCAAUGAUGGCGAAUUCAAGCUGCUCAAGUCAGAGGAAGUGGCCAAGCUGUGGGGCCUGCGCAAGAACAAGACCAACAUGAACUAUGACAAGCUGAGCAGAGCGCUGCGCUACUACUAUGACAAGAACAUCAUCAAGAAGGUGAUCGGUCAAAAGUUUGUCUACAAGUUUGUGUCUUUCCCUGAGAUUCUGAAGAUGGACCCUGCGGUGGUGGAGUCAGGUCGCAGCAGUGAGGAAAGUGGGGGCGUCGCAUCAGAACCUGAGGCUGAAGAUGAGGAUGGGGGUGAGAGGAGCCAAUACCUCCACUCCGGCCUGUACUCCUCCUUCACCAUCAGCUCCCUGCAGCACUCUUUAGAACAGCAUCGGCCAAUCAAGACGGAGCCCAGAUCUGAUCGCCCAGACGACAGCUCCUCCGUCAUUCGAUUCAUGACCAACCGUGGCCACUCUUCAAUCCCCUCCACCCCACCCCCAUCCUCGACCGAGAACGCCCAUUCCUCCAGGCUGUCUCCGCAGAUGGCCCGCUCUUCCUCCAGCUCCUCCUCCCCUCCACAAAGCCCCACCCAUAUGCUAGUGAGAGGGGGGCGCCAGAGCACAGAUACCAAUGAAUUAGAGCCCAACGCGCAACCUCUAAACCUGUCAUCUGGUCAGAGAGAAAGGGAGAGGUCACAGAGCACAACAACACCAGAAAGGAGGGGACUGGCCAAUGGCACGCCUCUGAAAGGAAGAAAACCAAAAGGCUUGGAAAUCUCCGCCCCUUCACGUCUCCUGACAGGAAGUGACCUUGUUUCAAUUGCUCUCAACAGCCCAGCUCUGCCAUCUGGGUCCUUGACCCCUGCCUUCUUCACAGCACAGACUCCGUCUGGUCUGCUGCUCACUCCCAGCCCUCUGCUCUCCAAUAUCCAUUUCUGGUCCAGCCUCAGUCCAGUGGGACCCCUGAGCCCCGCCCAGCUGCAGAGCCACGCGCCCCUCUUCCAGUUCCCCACACUGCUGAAUGGACCCAUCCCCGUACCUCUACCCGGUGUGGACACCUCCUCUCCCCUGCUGCUCUCCUCCAGCUCCCACAAGUCUUGAUGCCAGCCCGAGCUAACGAGGAAGUGGGCCAAAGCAGGCCGAGCUGGACCACAUUAGCACCAAACCAGCGACCAUUAAACAAAGAUGAACCACGGAGGAUUUGGAUUCGCUCCGAGUCCUGCUACACAUUGAUCCCAGACCUGUUGCUUUGCUCUCUGAGAGGAGCAUCUGCAGCAGUCCUUUGUGUGUUUGCUAGCCUUUCCUAGCCAUUUCUUCAGGACAAAAAAAAUCUCUCAAUUUCUUUUCAAGCAAAGAAACGGGGAGUGGAGGCCAGACCUCAUCACACUUCUCGUAUCAUUGUUUAAUUAGUCUCAGCUUAAGUGAUGCAGACCAUCUGAAAUUUAGUGCAUUUUUUUUUCUACCAGCAAAUUAAAGGAAGCACAGAAAUGUACUUCCUUGUGUAGGGAUGGUGUUACAUGAGAGGACUGUCGGCACUCCCACGUGUGUGCAUAAAAUGAAGCUGCAGUCAGGUGAGAGCUGGCUCAGCGUCACAAGGUAACAAAAUCCAAGUACCUGCAGCGAGAAGCUCACCCAGGAAAGAAUUAUCUGUAAAUAAACUGAACUGUAACCCAAGACCUCAUUGAUUUAGUAUAAUCAAUGAUCAAUAAUCCGUCACAAGUCACCGGUGAUUGUAAUGUGUGAAGUACAGAAAGAAAACUAUUUUUUUGUUGUUAUCGGUUGGCUGUAUCGCACAAACACACGAGAAUCAAAGUCCACUGAAAAGUCGAGGAGGUUUGCAAACGGCCAUGCCCUCGACAAAUUAAUCGCAUUUGACUAAAACUUGACCAAUAGCAGUGAUUCUUGUAGAAAUGGGAAAAGUGCCCAUAAAAUGACAAAUGUGAUCGAGCAGAAUUUGGGUGAAGCCUCAUUAGGUGAUCAUUGACCAAUACUCCAGGACGAGCACCAAUUCUUGUGGAUGGAUUUUCUGGAAAAAUCGUAUUAAUGCCAAGUGGGGAGUCAUGGCCAAGUAAAAGUUUGGCACAUAACCCCUAAAACCACAACUUACAAUUUUUACACACAUUUUUUAAUGUGGGUUAAACACUUAAUUAGUAAUGCAAUCACCAGUAAGCUUUAGAGGUGCAGUUAUGUGAAUUUUGUAACCUAUGAAACAGUCAGUUUAGCUUUUUGCUACGCUAAACUGACUGUUACAGUUUAAUGUUCAUAAAGGGACCAUAACUGGAGAAUUAGACGCUACAGGCUGCGUAGGCCAGUAAAGAGUCAUCACUGCAACAGCCACCAAGUCCUGAAUGAUGAGUCAGCUUUUUUCCCUGUGCUAAACUUUCCUUUUAAUAUACCAAAAAAUCUCCACGUUCACAAUUUUGGAUUUUGCAGGUCUCAGGAUUUUUUUUUUUUUUUUUUUUAAGAUAAUGAAAAUUUGUUUAGCUCUUUGAGCUGGACAUGUGACCACAUGACGCAGGACCUUCACCGACUCCUAGCAGAGCUCCUGCUAGUCAGAGCGCUACCAGAGCGUUGUGGAAGUCUUUAUUUCUGUAUAAUUUCUUGUAUUUUUUUUAAAAAUGCACUGUAUUUUUAAACCUUCUACCAGCUGUGCCUUUCUCGAUAUUAUGUAAAUAUCUUAGCUUACAUUUGACAUUCCAUGUCAAAAAUUGCACAAAGUUUUUUUUGUUUUUUUAAAUGGCUCCUGGUUAUUUUUUUAGAGAAAUUAAUA